CCCCCUGCUGCAGGCCUAUUGUUGAAGGUUUGUGUCAGGAGUCUUGUCACCGUGCUGGCGUUGGAUCAGGGUUGAGUCUCAGGGUGCAGAGGGAGACAACCUCAGGGCUCCUGUUGUCCACGGGGCGGACGCAGACAUCUAUCAUAUGGGUUCAAAGGGACAAGAGGAUUUUCCUUUUGUGGAGUCAGUUUACAUUCUGUUAAACACUCAUGUGCCUGCAGCUCAACACAAAGUGCUCUACGUUUUAUUGUCAUAAAAAGUUCUCAUGUGUGAAAACUUUAGGGCCAAAAGAUUUGUUUUGUUAAAGACAAUACUGCGUUAUGGAGCUUCCUUUUCUCCCCUGCGGAUGGUGCUAUAAAUGCAGCUUUAAUGUCCAUAUGUGCAGAGAAAACUUUAAUCCUGUAAUUUUCUCAUGUCUUAGUAAUAAUUUUCCCAGUGUGGGAUCAAUGAAGUUCAGUCUUAACUUUAACUUUAACUUUAACGAUUUUGGUUUCAGGACUAGUGAAAGUUUUAAAUCGAACCCUGAACAGCCAAUUUCAUCACUUUAAGCCUGUGUUUUCAUCUGUCACGAUUAUUUGUAGAGAAAUAGCUUCAUUAUAAUCAUAAAGCCAGACGCCAUGUUUACUCUUGUUUAUGCUAUAGUUCAGAGAGGAAGGGUGGAGACUUGUUAAAAAAAAGAGGGGCGUUGGAGAAGCUCAGGGGAAACCUCGAAUGAGAGAUGAGUGAAGCUCAGGAUGCACACACACACUCACACACACACAUAUACACAAACACACACAGCAGGCUCUGUGAGAACAGCCCAGACAGGGUGAAUGACACUUGUCCCUCAGACUGUUCAGUCAAAAAGAUAAAGCCACUCUCUUCUCUUCUCUUCUCUUCUCCUCCACCCACGAUACACCUACUGUGUCACAUCGCUGCUGGGGGAGAACAUUUAAAUGUGAUGCCUCACUUGUGAGCAACAGGUUCCGCACAACAGCAUCAUCUCUGAUGUAGACCGAAGGAGAAGCAUGCUGUCACCGCUUCGGAGCUUUGGCAUCGAGCAGGAGAACGACUCAUGGGAUGUAGUGGAUGCAGAGUCAGGCUCAACUCUGGGAAAGCGCUCUCCAAAGUCUCCGUGUUCUUUACCAUGGUCCUGAUCUUCACCUACUUCUUCUACUGCCUCACCGCGUUCUGUGACUCGGCUCCCAGGACUAUUUACAGCCAGCGCUCUUCAGACAGAGACUAUGACACUUUGGACGAUCACAGACGCGUGUUGGACGAGCUGCGGUCUUCGCCGCCGCCGCGUCCCCUCCUGGACGCACCACCUCCAGGGAACCGCACAGACUUCGCGGGCGCGGAGCACAUGGACGCGCCCGGUCAGUUCCCACAGCAGACACCGGACGCUGCCAUUGAGCAAGAGAGCGCGCAGAACAACGGCAUCCCCGUGUCCAACACUUUCGGAACCAAGCGGUUCCCGCAGGCGAUUAUAAUCGGCGUGAAGAAAGGAGGAACCCGCGCGCUGCUGGAGUUCCUGCGCAUCCACCCGGACGUGAGGGCUGUCGGUGCCGAGCCGCACUUUUUCGACAGGUUUUAUGACAAAGGGCUGGAGUGGUACAGGAACCUGAUGCCGCGGACGCUGGACGGCCAGAUUACCAUGGAGAAAACCCCCAGCUACUUUGUGACAAAAGAGGCUCCCAGUCGUGUCUGCACUAUGAACUGUCAGACCAAACUUAUUGUGGUGGUCAGGGAUCCUGUGACACGGGCGGUGUCUGACUACACCCAGACCCUGUCCAAAAACCCCGGGCUUCCAUCCUUCCAGAGCCUGGCCCUGAAGAACUCCUCCACAGGUCUGAUUGACACCACGUGGAGCGCUGUUCGCAUUGGUCUGUAUGCCAAACAUCUGGAGAACUGGCUCCAGUAUUUCCCCUUGUCUCACUUCCUGUUUGUUAGCGGUGAGCGCCUAGUUACUGAUCCGGCAGGUGAGAUGGGCCGGGUUCAGGACUUCCUGGGUCUGAAGAGAGUUGUUUCAGACAAACACUUCUACUUCAACCAGACCAAGGGCUUUCCAUGCUUGAAGAAGCCUGAGGGCAGCAGCAAACCUCGCUGCCUGGGGAAGUCUAAGGGCAGACCCCAUCCCCAGAUCCCCUCCGAGGUUCUUCAGAGACUCAGAGACUUCUACAGACCCUUCAACCAAUAUUUCUACCAGAUAAGUGGACAAGACUUUGGCUGGGAUUAACGGAGGAGGGUCAUGUGAUGGCACAAAGAGGGAGCUCUGAAUUGUUAAUGUGUUUUUAAUGGGAAAUGACUUUAAAGCUAAACUGAGCUUAUAUUCUCAGGGACGGGAGGCAAAAACCAAGUCCACAAACUGUGACACUUUCUGGACUGUUCUGCCUCAGAGGAAUCAACAUGACAUGCAGCACUGAUCAGGUGUCACAGCUUUGUCCUCAAACAGACGCUGACGUUUGUGAAGUGCUGUUAAUAUGCAAGUUACACGACUAGUUAAUGACUUAGUUAUCAAAGCAUUAAACCACUCCUGCUCAUAUGUUAAUAUUAAAAUAAAGAAACCUGUACAAGAGACCAAAGAACCAACGUUAAAUAGCUUUUUU